AUGUGCUCGAGGGUGCAUUUCCGCAUCCGAGCAUCAUCUGCGGAAUGGAGCAGAUUUUUCUGUGCAGCAGUCUUCCUGCUAUUCGUCAUGGUACCUGGAGAGGGAACACAAGCGUUAGCAGGCGUGGAAGGUAAAGGCGGAGCGGAUAUCGUUGUCGCGAAAGAUGGCAGCGGCGAUUUUACCACAAUUAGUGAAGCACUUAAGGCAGCGUGGUCCGGCAAGAGGGAUCGUUUCACGGUCAUCCUUAUCAGGGCUGGCGUGUACGAGGAGCAGCCAGUGAUGCCGACUUCGCUACACCACGUGGCGCUGGUGGGCGAGAUGGCCGGCAGCGGUGCGAAGGUGACGUCGUCGAGUGCGGCGGGCGACUCAAGUCUGGACGAGUGCGCGACAUUCCAGCUGCUGGCGUCGGACGUGGUCGUCUCCAACAUCAUCUUCGAAAACGCGCACGGACCGGGCAAGCAGGGCGGGGACGAGGACCAAGCCUUGGCAAUCAAGGUGGCCGGCACGCGCGUCGCCUUCUACGGAUGCACGUUUCUCGGGUAUCAGGACACCCUUUACGCGGCGUCUGGCUUGCAAUAUUACAAGGGUUGCAACAUCCACGGGCGCAUGGACUUCGUGUUCGGCAACGCCAAGGCCGUCUUCGAGGACUGCAACUUCCGCCUCGUCUACUGGGGCGGCGCGUACUUCGCGCAAGCACGCGGGAAGGAGCAGAACACGGGUUUCGUAAUCAAGGGUGGCUCUCUCCGGCCGUACGGCAAAGGCCCCAUCAAGCCUGGCUAUCUCGCGCGUUCGUGGGGCGAUUAUUCGACCGUCAUUUUCAUCAACACCUAUUUCGCCGAGGCGUCCGUUCGGGCGGAAGGUUGGAGUUACGUUAGUGGUUAUAAGGACAUGGACACGGUUACAUUCGGCGCAUACGGCUGCUCUGGUCCAGGCUACAAUGCAAGUGCGUGGGAGAUCGGGACGGAAAUGAGUGCGGAGGAGGUGAAGCCGUACUUGAGCAACGACUACAUCAACAAAAUGAACUGGAUCGCGGACCCUGCAGCCGUAACCCGCGGCGUUGCGGGACCUGCGUCUUCAGCCAAGAAAGGCAACAGGAAGAACAAGGAAGUUGCAGGCAAUGUGACACCGGCUCAGACCUCGAGUGGUACCCAGAAGAAGCCUGCGAAGAAACCAGGAGCGGAUUCGGCUGGAAACGCGGACAGUGGCAAGCCAAGCACGAGCGGCGGUGCUGGACCUAGAAGCAGCAACAGCGGAAAGAGCAACAGCAGUGGAAAAGGGAAAGGGGGCCAAACGGGACUAGGUGAGUCUCCUCCUGCUCCCAGUGGCAGCAGCAGCGCUGGGUCCUCUGGAAAGAAGAAGCAACCGGCUGACAUCAGCAGGCCCGUUCCUGCCACACCUGACAGUAAGAAGGGGACAAAGAAGGAGCACCUAACUGAAGUGACAACGUCUCCUGCUGCUCCUGCUUCUGGGAAGAAGGGAAAGAAGGAUCAGCCAGCUGAAUCGACAACGCCUCCUGCUGCUGGAAAGAAGGGAAAGAAGGAUCAGCCUGCUGACACGACAAUGCCUCCUGCUGCUGGGAAGAAGGGAAAGAAGGAUCAGCCUGUUGAAUCGACCACGCCUCCUGCUGCUGGGAAGAAGGGAAAGAAGGAUCAGCCUGUUGAAUCGACCACGCCUCCUGCUGCUGGGAAGAAGGGAAAGAAGGAUCAGCCUGUUGAAUCGACCACGCCUCCUGCUGCUGGGAAGAAGGGAAAGAAGGAUCAGCCUGUUGAAUCGACCACGCCUCCUGCUGCUGGGAAGAAGGGAAAGAAGGAUCAGCCUGUUGAAUCGACCACGCCUCCUGCUGCUGGGAAGAAGGGAAAGAAGGAUCAGCCUGUUGAAUCGACCACGCCUCCUGCUGCUGGGAAGAAGGGAAAGAAGGAUCAGCCUGUUGAAUCGACCACGCCUCCUGCUGCUGGGAAGAAGGGAAAGAAGGAUCAGCCUGUUGAAUCGACCACGCCUCCUGCUGCUGGGAAGAAGGGAAAGAAGGAUCAGCCUGUUGAAUCGACCACGCCUCCUGCUGCUGGGAAGAAGGGAAAGAAGGAUCAGCCUGUUGAAUCGACAACGCCUCCUGCUGCUGGGAAGAAGGGAAAGAAGGAUCAGCCUGUUGAAUCGACCACGCCUCCUGCUGCUGGGAAGAAGGGAAAGAAGGGAAAGGAGCCGCCUGCUGAUGGUAGCCCUAGCCCACCCGCCCCUCCCACUGGGAAAAAAGGGAAACAUAAGGAUCAACCUGCAGAAGUAGCGAGCCCACCUGCGCCCCCUGCACCGACCAAAAAGAAAGGAAGCGGAGAGAGCAGCACGGGCAGUGGUGCUGCCGAAACUCCAGGGAAGACCGGGUCAUCGGGCAAGAAAAAGAAAACGAUUCCGCCGCCCCCUGCCCCUGAGGACAACACGAACAGCGGCAGCAGCAGUGGGGAGGAGGAAUCAGGAUCAAGUGCGGAUGGCACAACAGAGCAGCCAACGAAGAAGAGAAAGGGGCUGUUUGGGAGGAGGAAGAAAGAUAAGAGUGGGAACGGGAACGAGGACAGCGAUAACGGAGACAGCAGUGGCGAUGGAGCUGAUGAGCCAAGUGCUUCCGAUGGGGCGAAUGGAGGGAAUGGGACGGCCCCAGAGAAGGAAGGGAGGGCGAAAAAAAUUUUCAAGAAGCUGUUCGGAUGA